UAUUCUUUCAGCAAUGUAGAACAAAAGUACAAGACGUAGGAGAAAUUCUAACAGAAAACUGUCAAUCAAAUUGGAUUCUCAAAAAGUGUAUUAUUGGAGGAUCAGUUUAAAUAGCGCACCAUUGUAAUAUUUCCAUUAAUUGUACUGUAUUUAUUUCCAAAAUUCUUCAUUAUAUUAAAGGAUUCUUUCAUACAAAAUCGCAGUUGCCAAGAUCUGUGCUAGUAUUUUCAUAUUGAUUUCUUGAAGUGGGUAUUUAGUAUUUUGCACCAUUUCAUCACUACUGUUAUGCAAUUUUAUUUUCUGGGUUUCAACUUUGCAAAGCAUUUGUUCGAUAAACAAAUCUUUUCAAAAAAAAUAAAAAAUCUGUACAUUGCGUUUAGUAGGAGCUGAAUUUGAUGUAUGAUUGAAACAUCAAAAGGUUUCCUGUUAAUUUAUAUGUGAGAUGAUGUUCUGGAGGGAGCGAGAGAGAGAUAAUAAUAAGGAGCAAAACGGUGGCCCCCUUUGUGGGCAGGUCCGAGUUCUUGUAGUUGGAGAUUCAGGUGUGGGAAAAACUUCUCUUGUAGAUUUAAUCACCAAAGGUUCUUCCAUCACUCGUCCUUCUCAAACAAUAGGAUGUUCAGUUAACGUGAAGCACAUUACUUGUGGAAGCCCUAGUAGUUCAUCAAAUAGCAUUAGCGGUGAUGUUGAAAGAAAUUUCUUUGUUGAAUUAUGGGAUAUCUCAGGCCAUGAGCGUUAUAAAGACUGCCGAUCACUUUUCUACACGCAAAUUAAUGGUGUCAUUUUUGUUUAUGAUCUCUCACAACGGAGAACAAAAACAAGUUUGCAUAAAUGGGCGGCAGAAAUUGCUGCAAGUGGGACGUUUUCUGCUCCAAUGGGAGUUGGAGGCCCUGGUGGUCUUCCUAUUCCGUACAUUGUUGUCAGUAAUAAAGCAGAUAUUGCAGCAAAAGAAGGUACUCAAGGAAGCAGUGGUAAUCUUGUGGAUGUAGCUCGGCAAUGGGUUGAGAAGCAGGGGCUUCUUCCAGCAAGCGAGGAAUUGCCACUUACUGAGAGUUUUCCUGGCAAUGGAGCAUUGAUAGCUGCUGCCAAAGAAUCUAGGUUUGAUAAAGAAGCUGUGACAAAGUUCUUCCGCAUGUUAAUAAGGAGGAGAUAUUUUUCCGAUCGAUUACCACCAUCAAAUCCAUGGUCUGUUUCUCCAAUUCAAAGGUCAUUUCGGUCAUCUGAUGACAUAACAAGUUGCAAAGAUCAAUCCAUAAACCAUACAAGCUUAAACGGGGAUCCUUACAAGUACAAUGUGCUUCCUCCCAUGCCGGCUCAACACAACCUUACUCCUCCCCCGACACUUUACCCUCAGCGUCCAAUGUUGACCCCAGAAGUCAAUAACGUGCCUCGUUAUAGUCUGGCCAGUGCUGCAGAACUCAGUUAUACUAAAUCAAAACGUACGGAUAUUAAUGUUUGAAGAAAAUAAGCAAGUUUUUUAUAUUCAGAAGUUGGGUAUUCAUAUCGUAAUUUUUCUAUUAAAACAAAACAUUAUUGAUUUUA